AUGUCAUCAUCGACAACCAUAACACCAGAGACAUUCAAUGGAUACAACGAACGUCUCCAAGCGGCGGCUUUGAAGGCUACCAAAAACGCAGCGGGCUUACCUUCGGACCUCGCUUUUCACCGUUCGAUCGACAGAAGAAUUGCUACUGAACUGGAUGCGUGCUCUGGACGCCUUUCUUUCAUCGCGAACAGGCUUCUUGCGUUGGCUUCGAAAACCGAUGAUGUCCAGAGCCUGAAGGGGAAGGGGAAAGCGAAACUCGAAGACCAGGACGACUAUGUAGAUCGGUUUGAGUCCAUCAUUGUGGAGGCUAUGGAUCAGCUUUUGGAGCAUGCUGAUAUCUGCCUAGACAAAUUCAGUGGAAGAACGAAAGCUCCUGCCAUCGCAGUCAAUGGAUCUUCACUGCCUUCACAGCAGAAGCCCAAAAAAUCGGUACCUUCUGGGAGAUUGGACCCUGUAAUUCAGCACGCCUUUUAUCUCCCCAAACCGCAGCUCAGGUUCAGGCGGAAAAUUGAAAACACGAACGGGACGCAAUGGAAUUCAUCACUGCGACACAAAUUCAACGCGCAGGUUCCACUUGGAUACAACUUCCAACCCAAUGGCGACGAUCUUGAAGCCUUGCAACUUCCACAUCCAUACCGCUACGAAAUCACACACCUGUCCUACCCCGCGUGUAUGUUCCAACCUCAACCUCCAAUCUCCCCGCGGUCAUUCUCUGAGACACCAUUUACUUGGGUUUCAUCACUGACCGACUUCACCACAAUGCUUGGAAAACUCAAAAACGCGAGAGAAAUUGCUAUUGAUCUCGAGCACCACAGCUUUCGGACAUAUAGUGGUUUUGUAUGUUUGAUGCAAAUCAGUACGAGAGAGGAAGAUUGGGUUGUAGAUACCCUAGAGUUGAGAGAGGAGAUGGAAGAGUUGAACGAAGUCUUUACAGACCCUAAUAUUAUCAAAGUUUUCCACGGAGCUGAGAGUGACAUCGUUUGGCUACAACAAGAUUUCAAUCUGUAUAUCGUAAAUAUGUUCGAUACUUUCCACGCGUCGAAGGUCCUAGAUUUUCCGAGGCACGGCCUCGCUUCUCUCCUUGAGAUGUAUUGUGACUUCACACCUGAUAAGCGAUAUCAGUUGGCCGACUGGCGCAUCAGACCUCUCCCAGAGGAGAUGCUUGCAUAUGCUCGGUCAGACACCCAUUUCCUGCUGUACAUCUACGAUAAUCUUCGAAACGCACUCCUCGACCGUGCACUUUCACGAGAGCAAUCGCGUGCUCAGUCUCCUUCGGCAGCGAACACCGUGGCAUCUCGGCCUCCCUCGGUAGAGUUGACUGAGUCCCUUGUUCGCGAAGUUCUUUCACGCUCAGCUGAGACUGCUCUUCGGGUGUAUGAGAAAGAAUUUUAUGAUGAGGAUGGCGGCACCGGUUCAAGUGGAUGGGAUACGAUGGCACGUAAAUGGAACAAGGUGGCUUUAUCAGCGGAUGGACCUAACGGAAUGAGAAAAGAGGUUUACAAAGCGGUGCAUGCAUGGAGAGACAAGACUGCGAGGGAGGAAGACGAGAGUUGGAGAUAUGUUUUGUCCAACCAUUAUCUAUUCCAGCUUGCUGACCGACCACCUGCGGAUAUGGCUGCCUUGCUGGCUAGUUUCCAGUCUCUUCCUCCACUUAUUCGAAAGCGAUCCAAGGAGCUCCUCGAUACGAUCAGGGCCGCUGUCAAGCGUGGUCUCGGAGAUCAGCAAACACUGGUAGCUCCUACUGGAUUGCAGGAUAAUACAUUAAAUGUGUCGCCCGCGGAAGAGUCAUCAUCGAGCCAUCUUGACACGACCCCAGCACCCAGGUUAUGGGCCCAGAAUACAGUACUACCACUGGCGGCAGCCACAUCCACGCUCUUUGACCUUUCUCGGUCGAAUGGUCCGAUAGCAGCUUUCUCCAAUCAUUAUUCAACAGCUCGAAGCUCCCUACUGGGCGACAGUGCGUCGUCAACAUCAGCCAUCGUGCCGUCUCGCGCCACGCGGGCGGGGUUUCAAAGCAUUCUCAAGAAGAUUCAUACUUCAUUGGUCAUUGUGCCUGCUCUACCUGAUAUCAUUGGCAGUGGUGCUCGCGUUCCAACAAGCUCAGAGGCGACUCCUAAAGAUAUUGGCGUUACCUCAUCUCCAGUGCUAGGUGACUUGCAAGGAGCCGCCGAAGAGAUUGCAUUUACCCCUGCCUCUCAACGGCAAGCUGUACAACCAGCAGUGGAUGACUCCAUCGUUGUCGUAGGCCAAAGACAGAAGAAACGCAAGCGCACAAAGAAGCUUGAUACGGAUGAGUCUCCUAUGCCAGAUAGGACGGACAAAGAAACCAAAAAGACGCAGGUAGAAGACGGAAUGAUAGAGGUAUUCGAUUAUGCAACUGCGCCCAAUAUCCUCGACAAUGAGCCAGAGGCGAAGAUUGAUCGGAAAAUGCAGAGGAAGAAACAAAAGACCAAAGGAGGCGUGCUGGAGUACGGUAACUUCCCUGCACCACCAAGGGAUAGGAGUCAGGUUAAGAGCGGAAAUACAUCUCGCACGUUCAAAUGA